CGCCUGAUCCCCGUUGAAGACAUUUUUGAGAUCACAUUUUCUGUCAAAAAUUUACCAGUUUCUGUAUAACUGGGUGGCUCAAGAAAGAAGUGGAAAAAAUCCAUACAAUGGGAGGUCCAGCAUUUGAUUGCCUGAGUAACCCACUCGGUACGGUUAGAUUCAUGUUUGAGAAAGCAAUUUCUGCAGGAGCAGAUCCUUCAAAGCUUAACAAAUCAGACUGGGGAACCAUAGAACUGUUUCAGAAAUUUGUUUAUCAAGAUGGAGGCCUUCAAAAGGUUCCUGAGAUAAAUCAAGUAAAGUUAGAUUCUAUUCCACCUAAUUCUCUCGUCAGAUUUCGCGGGAUUGUGCAGGAUAUGUUCGAUUCUGAGUUCUAUGUUGGAGUUUUCAAGGAUGGCUCAACUUGGAGAACAAACAAGUAUGCAGACAUGGCCUCUGUGCAAAUGCCACCGGAUGCUCAAGUAGAGGUGUGGGAUCGACGCCUUUUGUAUUGUGUUCCUGUUCCUGGAGAGAACACAUGGGUAAGAGAUGCUCCUUGCAAGGACGAUGCUUGUUCUAAUGGCACUCCUCCUCAACAGAGGGAGAAGCGCCAGCGUGAGCCAUCUACCUCAACAGAGGACAGUGAUAUGACUAGUGCUGAAAGUCAGGAUUCAAAUGAAGCUAAGAGAAAGCGUGAAGAGGAUAGCUCAUCAAGCAGCUCUCCAAUGGAAACUUGUGAAAGAAAACCAAAUCAAAUUGAGUUUGAUCCCAACAUGCCACUUGGCGAGACAAAUCUGCUACCCUGCCUAGUUAAGAUGUAUGAUUGUAUGGACGCAGAGUUGAAGCUGAAUGACAUUGUUGAGUUUAUUGGUGUGCUCACAUUUGAUCCUGAGUUGACAACCCCGAGUAAUGAUCAAGAUGCAAUGGCCCAUACAUUUAUAGAUGAGGAUGUUUUAAGUCAUUUGCCUGCAAGUAAGGUUCCUCGCCUCCACAGCAUUGUAUAUCGAAAGCUUUCCACCAGCAGUCUGGUUUCUCUUUCUAACCAUUCCGAGGUACAUUUAAGAUCGUUACCAAUAAAAGAGCUCAGAGAAUCCUUGUUACAAGGUCUCAAAGCUGUCUUUGGAGGGGAUGAACUUGCAGCACAUUAUUUCCUGCUACACAUCCUUUCACAGAUACAUGCUAGAGUUGAGCCUGUUGCACUUGGAAAGUUCUCGUUGAAUUUGACAAAAAUUCAAGGGGGAUCAAAUAUGGGGUCAUUUAUAGAACUAUUGAAUGAAGCAAUUAAAGAACUGGUCCCAUGUUCUCACUUUCUUUCUCUUACGAUAGAAUAUCUCAACAGGUCCUCAGUUGCACCAAGGAAAAACUACCAAACAAACAGACUUUCAACUGGGGUUUUGCAGCUAGCUUCAGGAACACACUUGACAAUUGAUGAAACUCAACUGAAAGCGGGUACUUUGAAUUCAACUGGCGUUGAAAAUGUUCAAAUAUUCAGGGAUUUGUUGGAGUGGCAAAAGGUGGGAUAUGAUUUUGAAUAUUACACGAUGGAUAUGCCAACUGAUAUACAAGUUCUUGUACUUUCGGAUGGUAAAUCGAAUAUUUUUCCAGCAGAUAUAGUGGUACCUUUCAGACCCACUUCAGAGUUUUCGCCAUUGAGUGCAUGUAGAUUUAGUAAGCAACAGUGGCGACUGUACUUGAGCACAAUGAAGUCAUACGAACACACCAUCGGGAAGGAUAUGCAGCAGUUACUCGAAAAUGACAUGGUAGCAGCUAGGCAACGAGAUAGGUCUGUUGGCCCCGAGGUCUUUGGCAGAUGGCUAACCAUGGCACGUUUGGUGUCUUUGAGUUUUGGUGAGAAAACAAUGAGUAUGGAUCACUGGCAAAUUGUUAAGGAUCUGGAAAGGCAGAGAAGUGAAAGACUUGGUUGAAUAUGAGCCUGAGGUAUAAUAAUUAUAUAGCUCAUAAAAGUAAUACUAACAAGGAGUUAUGUAUUGUCAGGCCCCAAGUGCCUGGUUUUUGACAAUCUUCUCAAACUUGAUGUAUGGUAGAAGAGUCUUGCUUGUAAAAUAGUAAUUAGCUAUGGCCUAGUUUGUAAUUUGAACUACUUGUUUCUGGCAAUCAAGAUUUUGAAGGUUGAUGUAACUGGAAAUCUAAGGAAUGUGAAUUUUUAGUAACGUUAACUAGCAAA